AUGGGUGGGAGAUUCGGUAAAAAGAAGAAGGAUCCGUUCGAUCCUAGUUUUCCACCACCCAAUGAUCCUUUCUAUCAAUAUGCAGCACCACUACCACCACCAGGUGGUUAUGGUAGGCCGCCUCCAUAUCCUUAUCCUCCAGGUUAUGGACCAGGAGCUGGCUUGGGUGAGGAUCCUUAUGAUAUAUAUGGAUAUGGUCCUAGAUAUUUACCAACGGAAUCAUUUGAACCAACCCUGAUGGGUGGUCCAUUGAGUCGUGGUCAGUCUCCUUGGAAUUAUGGUAAAUUAUAUAUGGGCAAUACAACAUUGCAAAUGAUACCAUUGAUGCAAAGAAAAUUAGCUAAAUUUUCACAAUUACAAGGCAUGUUAGGAAUGGGUAAUGGAUUAAUGCCAAUGAUGCCUUGUCUUCCAGCAUCAUGCUGUAUGCCUUGUCUUCCAGCAUCAUGUCCUAUGCCUUGUCUUCCAGCAUCAUGUCCUAUGCCUUGUCUUCCAGCAUCAUGCUCUAUGCCUUGUCUUCCAGCAUCAUGUUGUAUGCCUAUGGCUUCUCCAAUGAUAGCAGCUGCUACUCCAUUACCUACUGCAUGUAAUCCACUUGUUCAAUGUAUGUAUCCAAUGUCAUCAACGAAUUGUUGUAAUUGGAUGACUCCAUCAUCAUUUAUGUCGGCAUUAUCAACAGGUCCUUCGGCUUUUCGACCACCGUCACUUGAUUUUCCAUGUAAUGUUGGUAUGGUAAUGACUUAUCCGUGUGGUACACCAAAUCCUUUACUAGCACCACCAUCAUUUGGUGGUUUUUGUCCACAAUAUAAUGCUCGUGGUGGUAUGUCAUGUUGUUGUUGUUAUUGUACACCAUCAGUACCACCACCACCUGCAAUAAGUUAUUAUCCACGCCCAGUAUGUGUACCACAACCAUAUCCAGUUCCAUGUCCAGCUCCUGUACCUAUUCCUAAUGUUCAACAAGUACCAGUUCCACGAUGUGUACCUAAUAUUGCACCACCUAUUAUAGCUGAUUGUAAUUCAUGUGGUCCUGUACCAGCUGGAGCUCCAUUAUUACCAUCAGGAGGUGUUUUAAACCAAUGUGGUAUUAGUCCAUCAUUAGUUAUGGGAUCGAGUCGUAUAUCAAGUAAACAAACAUUAUUUAAUGAUGAUGAAACAAAUGAAAAUUUAAAAAGUCGAACAUCUAUUCGUAAAUCUUUUGAUGAAUCUCGUCGUAAAAAAGCUGAACGAAUUGCAGCUAGUUUAUCGAAACUUGGAUUAGAUAAUACUUCACCUAGACAUAGUAAUUCAAAUAGAAAAAAAUAUCGAAGGAAAUCAACUCGUCAUAUACAUAAUCGUACAAAUAAAGAUUUUUCUUUAGUUUCGAAAUCCAAUGAUGACGAUAUGUCAGAUUCGGAUUUGACAACAUUAGAUACAUUAUUUUCUUUAUCAAGAAAAAAACAAUUUAGUAAAUCUGAACGCCAUUCUCGUUCAAAUUAUCAUAAAAGUUUAUCAAUAUGUGAUUAA